AUGCUCGGGGCCUGCAUUGUUCUGCAGGCCCUUGCCAGCCCUUUCUCGGAUGCCGAUGGCUUAAUCGAACCACGAGUGGAAAACUCGCAUCCUAUUGUUGGUCAGAUCGAUGAACUCAGUACUCAGCAGCCGCUAUUAGCCGAGGCCACUGAAGCAAGCAUUGACGAAGCACGCAUGGUCGUCCACGAUGCCAUCGCGCGCAUGACGAAGCUCAACAAAGCCCGCUUGGACAAACCCAUUCACGACUCGUACAGGUUGAGAUUUGGAGCAAACAGCACUCGGGAUGACGACGAAUAUCCUCCUCUGCUGCAGAUCACAGAGGACAUUGCACAUGCCGCGGCUCUUGUCGCGGAGGCAGAUGUGGCAGCCGAGCAGGCUAAUGGGACUUCUGCGCCUAUCAGGCCGGCGGCCGCGACCUUCUGGAUGCAGGACAUCAAGCAUCAGGGAACGAUGCCCUGGGGAAAUGACGCCCAGUAUAAGGUCUUUCGAAACGUUGUCAGCGACUAUCAUGCCGACCCCACGGGUGCAUCCGACUCCACUGCCGCCAUUCAGGCCGCCAUCAACGACGGCAACCGUUGCGGAGCAAAGUGCAAUGGUUCGACUCGAAAGAACGCCAUCGUCUACUUUCCUCCAGGGACUUACCUCGUUUCCCGCACCAUCGAAGCGAACAAUUGGCCGACUAUCAGGGCAGCGGGCAGCUUUGUCGGUCUAGGCGUGCUCUCGACUAAUCAGUAUGUGGGUGGUACUGGGCCUGACGGCGGCGAUGGCGAGUACUAUGUCAACACCGCCCGGUUCUACAGCCAGAUUCGCAACCUUCGCAUCGACAUCACAUCCACGGAUCCAAACGCCUAUGUCUGUGCAAUCCACUACCAGAUAGCUCAGGCAACGAGCCUGCAGGACGUGGAGUUGAUUGCCACAACUGAAACCACACAACAAGGAAUCUUUUCUGAGAAUGGCAGUGGCGGUAUGAUGUCCGACGUCACGUUCAGAGGUGGUAACUUUGGUUUCUACGGUGGCAAUCAGCAGUUUAGCGCCCAUCGAAUGACCUUUAUCGGCUGUGCAACGGCCGUACAAAUUAUCUGGGACUGGGCCUGGGUUUGGAAAUCACUAAGUAUACAAGGGGCCGACGUCGGGUUCCGUUUGAUAGGCACCGACGGCGGUAAUAUUGGUUCAGUCACUUUCAUCGACUCGAAAUUCAGCAGCGUGAAUACCGCUAUCAUCAUAGCCCCUGCGUCUUCAACUCCAGGCUCCGGUACCACCGGACUGGUUCUGGACAAUACUAGGAUUGAUGGCCCCAUUGUUGAUACUGCUGGGAAGACAUAUCUAGCAGCAGGCUAUCACGACAACUGGGUGCUUGGUCCGACAUACAGCGACAAUACACGUGCUUGGACUUCGGCGAGCGUCUCGUCCUAUACGCGGGAGCAGUCGCUGCUAGGGAGCAGCGUUGAUGGCCUCAAUAAACGCCCAUACUUCGAGCGAAAGAAGAAUCAAUAUGCAAACCGGCCUGUUGAAGACUUUGUCCAAUUGAAAUCCCUCGGUGCCAGAGGUGACGGAGUUACUGAUGAUACUGCCGCAAUACAAAAGGCCUUCAACGACUACGGCAGCGGAAACCGAAUUAUCUUUGUGGAUUCCGGCACUUACAUUCUGACCAACACAGUGAUAGUCCCUAAGGAUGCCAAGAUAGUUGGGGAAGCCUGGUCACAGUUUGCUGCCGCUGGUAGUGCUUUCUCCGAUGCCAAUCUUAGCAAUCCUCGAGUGAUGCUCCAAGUCGGCAAUAGGGGUGACGUGGGGACUGUUGAGGUACAGGACUUGAUCCUAACAACGAAAGGAGGCACAGCUGGUGCGGUGCUGAUGCAGUGGAAUGUCAAAGCGGCUAGCGCCGGUGCUGCCGCACUAUGGGACGUUCAUGCCCGAAUUGGUGGUGCUAUUGGGACAUCCCUGACUCCAACAGAGUGUCCCGCUUUGACCACUGGCACCAACCCGGCGUCCUGUCAAGCAGCAAGCCUCAUGCUACACCUUACGCCGGAGGCUUCAGGAUAUUUUGAGAAUAUGUGGCUCUGGGUAGCUGACCAUCUUAUUGAUGACCUUGAUCUCAAUGAUGCCUACAAUGAUAUGCCGCAAGUGAGUGUUUAUGUCGCCCGUGGAAUGCUGAUCGAGAGCACCUCUGCUACUUGGCUCUAUGGCACAGCCUCGGAGCACAGCGUCUUCUAUCAGUACAACUUUCACCACGCACAAAAUAUCUUUACCACCGUGAUCCAAACAGAACCACCCUACUACCAGCCUAAUCCACGGCCACCAGCACCUUUCAGUAACCAGGUCGGGGUCUACCCCUCCGAUCCAGCUUAUAACUGCAACUCAAAUUUCAACGGCUGUGACGAGGCGUGGGCUGUCAUCAUAACGGAAAGUCAGAAUAUCCAUGUCAGUAGCGCCGGCACAUACUCCUGGUUCAGUGCAUACACUCAAGACUGCAUCGACCGCCAUUCUUGCCAGCAGGCCUUGUGGCGCCUCAACAAUAACCACGUUAACGUCCGUCUGCAGAAUAUCGUUGGUAUUGGAGCGGAGUAUGUUCUGGUCUCUAACGGCACUGGGAUCCGGGCUACCGAUAAUCUUGGAGUCACGGCCCAUCCGGCUUGGGCUCAAAUAUCAAUAUUUGAUGCUCCCUCUCACGGUCAUAUUUAA